AUGCAUCUACCGCACGGGAUUGCAAGGGUUUCAACGCCGUCACACCACGGCAGUCAAAGGCGGCGCGCAAGAUCGGCGUAUUCUUUCACACGGAGUUUGUUGGCCGACACAAUCACCAGCAAUGAUGCCACGAUUAGUCCUCCACUAGCAGCCACCGCGUACCCCUGGCGGAAUGCCGUACCGGGAAAAUGCAUUUUGAAAACACCCAGAGCUCGUGAUUCCUCAUCGAUUUUUGUAGUUGCGGCGGCAGCGGCCGAGGGUCAUUGUCGGCGUGUGCACUUUGAUGAGGAAUCUAUUGUGACGAAGGGUAUCAAUGGCGGGGUGCUUGACAGGGACGACGCACUUGGCGUAUCGCUACCAAUUUCAGGCAUAAAUGCACCCGAGAAGUCACUGAAUGCGUCAGUGGCAGAGGAGGUGCCAUACACCGUGGCGUGGGGUGAGGACUCCGAAUGGUUCAACGAGUUGUUUGGUUUAAAGGCGCCACCGUCACGCGGAGGCAAGAGGAAUGUUGGCCCACUAAUUGAAGGGGAUCUAACCCUCCACUCAAACACGAAAGAAGAUCCGGCGCGCUGCACGCGGUUUGUAGGGCAUCGUGCAAUCAUCUCCCUUUCGCAUGCGAUGCCCAACACGCCGCUGGGCGGAGCGUCGUGGGGCAACACAUCAAAUUUUACAGAUUCUGCAGGGAGUGCAGUCCACGUGUCAUCCAGUCGUAGUAGGCCCCGCAUCAACGCAGUCCGGCGAGUGCCGGAGGAUCAUGCUCAUGCACGCGCUGCUGUGGGUAGAGGUGGUGAGUCCAAUCGUUUUGUCACGCCCCCGAGGUUGCGUCUUGCCCCCAAAGUGUCUUCGACAAAAAAUUGUUUUUGGGAUCGUCCAAAAUCACUCGGCGUGGAAUGGAAAUCGGAGCGGCAAGUAAUUCCGCCCCAACGGCGCUUGUGCAACUUCACGGCACCCCGGUUGUGCUUCGUCAACUUUGGUAGAGAUGGAGGGAAACAUGAAAGACGUAGGCGUGGGGAGUGGUUAAUUCCUACAAACAUACACGCAUAA